CUGGCGGCCAAACGGACUUCGCAGCGCCUGAGCCUGAUCUCAAGGCAUUUGGAUCAGAGACUCCCGCUGCCUGAGCUUAACACCCCCUUCUCGUCCGAGAGGAUUGCCCAAGCCCCAGACGACGUUGAAUAUAAACCCCUCGUCCGCUCUACCCCUCCUAACAUCUCUGAUCCUCAACCUUCUGCCAUAAUGUCGACUCAACCCGCUCACCCCACCUUGCUCAUUCCGGGCCCUAUCGAAUUCGAUGAUGCCGUUCUUCAGUCUAUGUCCCAUUAUGCCGAGAGCCAUGUGGCCCCCGGUUUCGUAAAGGUCUUUGGAGAGACAUUGUCCAUGACCCGGAAGCUCUUCCAGUCUACAAACCCGGCAGCCCAGCCCUUUGUCAUCUCCGGAAGUGGCACUCUAGGCUGGGAUUUCGUUGCUUCCAACCUUGUCGAGAAGGGCGAGAAUGCCCUCGUCCUGCACUCCGGCUACUUCGCGGACUCGUUCGCGUCCUGUCUAGAGACAUACGGCGCCAAUGCUACACAGCUCAAGGCACCCAUUGGGGAGCGGCCAUCCUUCGAGGCGAUUGAGCAGGCAUUGAAGGAGAAACCAUACAAGAUCAUCACAAUCACCCAUGUUGAUACCUCUACUGGUGUUCUAAGCGACAUCAAGACGGUGGCAGAGAUUGUUCGCCGAGUCAGCCCUCAGACUUUGGUUGUUGUGGAUGGUGUAUGCAGUGUCGGCUGCGAGGAGAUUGCUUUUGACGAGUGGGAUUUGGACGUCGUUCUCACCGCAAGCCAAAAGGCCAUUGGCUGCCCUCCCGGUCUCAGCAUCAUCAUGUUCUCCGGCCGCGCUAUCGAGACCUUCAAGUCCCGCAAGACUCCUCCAUCGUCAUACUACUCCUCUAUGGCCAACUGGCUUCCCAUCAUGCAGAACUACGAGAAUUUCAAGCCGUCCUACUUCGCCACUCCCUCCACCCAACUCAUUCACGCCCUGCACACAACCCUCUCCCAGAUCACAUCCCGGCCGAUGGCAGAGCGCUUCGCCGCACACCGCCGGGCCUCCGACCGCGUCAAGGCCGCUGUCGCAGAACUCGGCUUGCAGCAGCUGGCCUCCAAGGUCGAGAACCAGGCUCAUGCCAUGACAGCCAUCUGGCUGCCUGAUGGACUGGCCCCGCCAGAUGUCCUUCCUGGUCUGCUGAAGCGUGGAGUUAUCUUUGCUGCAGGCCUGCACAAGGAGGUUGCAACAAAGUACAUUCGCUUUGGGCACAUGGGUGUUAGCAUUAUGGACCCCGCUCGGGAUGACAUUGAGAAGGCCAUUGCAGCCCUCAAGGAGGCCAUUGCCGAUGCGAAACGUGCUAAGGGUCUGUGA